AUGGUCUUCCCUCUGAACAGGGAGAGGAAGAGGGAGUCUGGAUUAACGCAGAUCCUAUUCCUGGGUGUGUCGUUUGCAACAUCGGUGAAACGACGCUGUAGAAUCCCGUUCUUUUUUGAACCGAAUUUUGAUGCUCUCAUCAAAUCAUUACCUGUAAUGGAACGAAUUAGAAGCGAAGGUGGUCCCGUCGCAGCCAAGGCACAAUUGACGAGCAAGAUGUCAGUUGUUUACGGGGAUUUUUUAGUGAGAAAAGUUGGAAAUAAUUUUGCGGCAGAUGGGAAGGGCAAAUACGACUAG